AUGCGGAGAUCAUCUAAUUCUUUCUCCUAUGGCUCGUGUGAUGAAAUGGAGGAGGAAACUAAGAUGCGGCGAUCUCGUCUGAUGGAAUCCGUCCGCCGGAGAACCUCAAUCCGUCUAAACUUCACAGACGGUGACGACGUCGGGGUGAGCAUUCGAACGGAUCUUGAAAAUAUAUUUGCCCGUGCCAACGAGGGUAUGCCGCUGUACGAGAAUUUGGGGAGGGUCGAGGGCAUUGCCGCGAAGCUCCAGAUGGAUCUUAGUAAUGGUGUAAGAAGCGACACUGUGGAACGGCGCCGCACCGUGUUUGGAAGGAACGAGCUGCCAGAGGAGGAGGAGCUAUCUUUCUGGCGGAUAUACAAGGCGGCGUGGAGUGACCAAAUGAUACUUCUCCUUUCUGGCGCUGCAUUUGUGUCGCUGGUGCUUGGUCUGACAGUUCCAGAGCCCGGCCGGGACAAGGCGGACACGGGGACGGGGUGGAUUGAGGGGUUUGCGAUCUUAGUUUCCGUGCUUAUUGUAACGACGGUGUCAUCUGUAAAUGACUACCGCAAAGAGCUGAAGUUCCGCCAGUUGAUGGAGGAGAACUCUGCGCAGCCGAUCGCAGUGAUUCGUGACGGGCGUGAGCAGGUCAUUGACGUGACGGAGAUCGUUGUGGGGGAUAUUGUGAGUCUGUCGACUGGUCUCGUGGUGCCCGUGGACGGCUUUUACGUGCGCGGCCUCAGCGUGGUGAUCGACGAAAGCAGCGUGACUGGGGAGAACGACCCAAAGAAGAAAGGUGUGCAGGCGCCGAUCCUCCUGACUGGCACCGUUGUGAAUACAGCGGAGGACGCGUACAUGCUUGCGUGUGCUGUGGGCGAGAGCUCGUUUGGCGGUAAACUGCUGAUGGAGUCGCGACAGGAGGGUGGGCCACGGAUGACACCCCUGCAGGAGCGCCUGGACGAGCUUGCGGGGCUGAUUGGCCGCUUUGGCAUGGGAAGUGCGGUCCUUCUUUUCUCGUUGCUGUCGCUUCUAGAGGUGUUUCGCAUCAUUCGUGGCACCGAUGAAUUCCACAUGAAGACGUUCCUGGACCACUUUCUUCUGUGCGUCACGAUCGUUGUUGUGGCUGUCCCGGAGGGACUGCCACUGGCUGUGACGAUUGCACUUGCGUACUCGCAGAAGAAGAUGCAGGAGGACAACAACCAGGUGCGGCGCCUGUGUGCUUGUGAGACGAUGGGGUGCGCGACGCAGAUCUGCAGCGACAAGACCGGGACUCUGACGCAGAACCUGAUGAGUGUGGUGCAGGGGUACAUUGGGUUGCAGCGGUUCAAUGUGCGCGACCCCGGGGACGUUCCGACGCCGAUUGUGCUGCGGAAUGUGCCGGCUGCGUCGCGGGAUCUGCUGGUGGAGGGCCUGUCGCUCAACAGCUCGAGCGAGAAGGUGGUGUGUCGCACCGGCCGUGAUGGGGAGUCUGUGGCGCGACCCUACUGGCAGUGGCGGGCGGAUAAGGGGAACAAGACGGACAAUGCACUGUUGGACUUUGUGGACCGUGUGCUGCUGCAGGACGGCGAUCCCACUGACAUGACGAGUCGCCCGCACCAGCGCGUGCGCGAGCGGGGUCGCACGCACGGCUUUGCCAUCUUUCCUUUCACGAGCGAGCGGAAAUUCAUGAGCGUCGUUGUAGCCGGCCCGGGCGGUGUGCUGACGCAGCACGUGAAGGGCGGGUCUGACCGCGUGCUGGAAAUGUGCGACCGCUACGUUUCCGCUUCGGGUGAGGAGGAGCCACUGACGGAUGCGAUGCGGACAAAGAUCGUUGUGCAGAUCCGCUCCCUCGCUAACGACGCGAACCGCACGAUCGGUGUGGCUUAUGGGCGUGUCGAUGGCGAAGCGCUUCCCGCGAGCGAGCCUACGGUGCCGCUGGUGUGGCUUGCGCUCGUGGGCAUUCAGGACCCUCUGCGGCCGGAGGUGCCAGACGCGGUGCGGAAGUGCCAGCAAGCUGGAGUGACGGUGCGAAUGUGCACCGGCGAUAACCUGGACACGGCGGUGGCGAUCUCGCGGCAGUGCGGCAUUUACAACCGUUUACGUGGCGAUGUGGCAAUGACCGGGAAGGAAUUCCGCAGCCUUGUGUACGACGCGUACGGCAGCAGCGCUAACAUGGAGAAGUUCUGGCCCAUCCUUGACCGUAUGGUGGUGAUGGCACGCUCGCAGCCGCUGGACAAGCAGCUCCUGGUGCUAAUGCUGAUGAUGCGCGGAGAGGUUGUGGCCGUGACGGGCGACGGGACGAACGAUGCACCCGCGCUACGACUGGCGAAUGUUGGUUUUGUGAUGCGGAGCGGGACGGACAUUGCAGUGAAGUCGUCGGACAUUGUGCUGCUGGACGACAACUUCCGUUCCGUGCAGCGUGCCGUUGUGUGGGGGCGGACGGUCAACGACAACAUUCGCAAGUUCCUGCAGCUGCAGCUGACUGUGAAUGUCUCGAGCGUCGUACUGACGUUUCUCGGUUCGUUCUUGUCGUCCUCCCACACUUCCCCGCUGAGCACUGUGCAGCUGCUGUGGGUGAACCUGAUAAUGGACACGCUGGCUGCCCUUGCGCUCGCGACGGAGGAACCGUCGGAGGCGUGCCUGGACCGUGGCCCCAUUCCCCGAAAGGCCCCGCUUGUGUCACGCCGCAUGUGGUGCACGAUUCUUGCGAUCGCUGGUUACCAAACAGUCAGCACACUAUUGGUGGAACGAUUUGGCGGCUCGUGGUUUGAUGUGAGUGGGGGUGAGAUGCAGACUAUAGUGUUUAAUGUGUUUCUCCUUUCCGUUAUUUUUCAUAUGUUCAACGCACGCAAGUUGUACGAGGAGAUGAAUUGCUUCGAGGGGCUGUGGGAGCGCUCGAGAAUUUUUGUUUGCAUUGUUGGCUUUUGCUUUGCGUUUCAGGUGUUUUCCGUGGAGAUGCUCGGAAGCUUUAUGCAGGUUGUGUCGCUGCGCGGUGAGCAGUGGGUUGGUUGCCUGGCGUUGUCGUUCCUAACUCUUGUCUUUGGUGUGGUUGCGCGCUUGGUGCCUGUGGAGGAGCUACCGGUGCCGGAGGCGGAGAUGGACGACAUGGAGCCCGAGGCGAGGCGCAUGGCGAUGAAGCUGACGGCUGAUGUGGAGGCGCAUGCGGCGAGGGAGGGUGCUGGUGGCCACCUGCUGCUGGGGCGGCGCCUGCUUGCCCAGGCCAUGUGGCAGCAGGUGCGGGAGCACCACAUCGCGGUGAGGAGCGUGAAUGCCUUUCGGCGGGCCCGAAUUGAUCGUGACAUGCACACAAGUGUUGCCAAAGACAUUUAUUGCCGCCUUGCAUCCACCAUGCAGUAA